UUCUAGGAUUUUCUACAGAGCCUCCCACGUCAAGGGCAAGAAACGUCGCAUUUUAGGGACCGAUUUCUCAAACAAAAUGGCCGCCGCUGCAUUAUUGAGACGAUUUAAACCAAUGUUUGAUCGGGUCCUUGUUGAGCGGGCUGUUGCAGAAACAAAGACAAAAGGUGGCAUCCUUCUUCCUGAUAAAUCACUCGGAAAAAUCUUAGAAGCUACAGUUGUAGCAGUUGGACCAGGAGUCAGAACUGAGACUGGAUCUUUUAUUGCUCCGAGCGUGAAAGUUGGAGAUAAAAUAUUACUUCCAGAGUAUGGUGGCACGACAGUCAAGUUGGAAGAGAAGGAGUACCACCUAUUCCGAGACACAGACAUCCUGGCCAAGUUCGAGGAUUGAAAUCGACAUAAAAAUCAUGAACAAUUACCGUUUCAUUGUUAAUUCGAAAAAACAUGACUUGAUGAUGUCUCCUAAGUGCAAAUGUGUUGUCCUUGGCAGAAGAUCGGAGUUUAGGAACAAAAGGAUUGAAGUUGGUACUUGGAAAAGUUAGUCAGUUAGACAUCUCUAUCCAUGGUUGUUAAAACAUUUUAUUUCCAGAUUGUAGAAAUAGGAAACUAAAGGUUGUGUAUAAAUAUUCGUCAGAUGUAUAAAUAAACAUUUAUAUAAAUCGUAA